AUGUUAACGACCUCGCCUGAGAAGGAGCAGCAGGAAGCCAUCGAGCAGAUAGACGAGGUGCAAAACGAGAUCGACAGGCUGAACGAGCAGGCGAGCGAGGAAAUCCUGAAGGUGGAGCAGAAGUACAACCAGCUGCGCCAGCCCUUCUUCCAGAAGCGCUCCGAGCUCAUCGGAAAGAUCCCAAACUUCUGGGUCACCACCUUCGUUAACCACCCGCAGAUCUCAGCCCUGCUGGACGAGGAGGAUGAGGAGGCGCUGCACUUCCUCAUCCGGGUCGAGGUCACGGAGUUCGAGGACAUCAAGUCCGGAUACAGAAUAGAUUUUCACUUUGAAGAGAACCCCUACUUUGAGAACAAAGUAAUCUCCAAGGAGUUCCACCUCAACGAGCGGGGCGACCCCUCCUCCAAGUCCACGGAAAUCAAGUGGAAGCCUGGCAAGGACCUGACGAAGCGCAGCGGCGUCGGCGCCAAGGGCAAGGGCGGGCGCAAGCGGCAGCACGAGGAGCCGGAGAGCUUUUUCACCUGGUUCACCGACCACUCGGACGCCGGCGCUGACGAGCUCGGGGAGGUCAUCAAGGACGACAUCUGGCCCAACCCGCUGCAGUUCUACCUGGUGCGGCCGGCACUGGCACGCACGCACGCACACACGGGCUGGCGCAUACACGCACGGGCUGGGGCACGCACACGCGGGCUGGGGCAUACACACAGGGGCUGGGACAUACACACAGGGGCUGGGGCAUACACACAGGGGCUGGGACAUACACACACGGGCUGGCACAUACACACGCGGGCUGGGGCAUACACACACAGGGAUGGGGCAUACACACGCGGGCUGGGACAUACACACACGGGCUGGGGCAUGCACGCGCGGGCUGGGACAUACACACACGGGCUGGCGCAUACACACGCGGGCUGGGACAUACACACAGGGCUGGGACAUACACACACUGGCUGGGGCAUACACACGGGCUGGGACAUAGACAUGCGGGCUGGGACAUACACAUGCGGGCUGGCGCAUAUACACACGGGCUGGGGCAUACACACACGGGCUGGGGCAUACACACACGGGCUGGGACAUACACGGGCUGGGACAUACACACACGGGCUGGGGCAUACACAUGCGGGCUGGGACAGACACACACAGGGCUGGCGCAUAUACACACAGGCUGGGACAUACACACACGGGCUGGGGCAUACACAUGCGGGCUGGGACAGACACACACAGGGCUGGUGCAUAUACACACAGGCUGGGACAUACACACGCGGGCUGGGACAUGCACAAACAGGGCUGGGGCAUACACACAGGGGCUGGGACAUACACGCACGGGCUGGGGCACGCACACGCGGGCUGGGGCACACACACAGGGGCUGGGACAUACACACACGGGCUGGGGCAUACACACAGGGGCUGGGACAUACACACACGGGCUGGGGCAUACACACACUGGCUGGGGCAUACACACACGGGCUGGGACAUACACAUGCGGGCUGGGAAAUACACAUGCGGGCUGGGACAGACACACACAGGGCUGGCGCAUAUACACACGGGCUGGGGCAUACACACACGGGCUGGGGCAUACACACACGGGCUGGGACAUACACGGGCUGGGACAUACACACACGGGCUGGGGCAUACACAUGCGGGCUGGGACAGACACACACAGGGCUGGCGCAUAUACACACAGGCUGGGACAUACACACGCGGGCUGGGACAUGCACACACAGGGCUGGGGCAUACACACAGGGGCUGGGGCAUACACGCACGGGCUGGGGCACGCACACGCGGGCUGGGGCACACACACAGGGGCUGGGACAUACACACACGGGCUGGGGCAUACACACAGGGGCUGGGACAUACACACACGGGCUGGGGCAUACACACACUGGCUGGGGCAUACACACACGGGCUGGGACAUACACAUGCGGGCUGGGAAAUACACAUGCGGGCUGGGACAGACACACACAGGGCUGGCGCAUAUACAUACAGGCUGGGACAUACACACACGGGCUGGGGCAGGACCUGGCGGCGCGGAACUGCCUGGUGAGCGAGAACCACGUGGUGAAGGUGGCCGACUUUGGGCUGAGCCGGCUGAUGACGGGCGACACGUACACGGCGCGCGCCGGAGCCAAGUUCCCCAUCAAGUGGACGGCGCCCGAGAGCCUGGCCUACAACAAGUUCUCCAUCAAGUCCGACGUCUGGGCGUUCGGCGUGCUGCUGUGGGAGAUCGCCACGUACGGCCUCUCGCCCUACCCGGGCAUCGACCUCUCGCAGGUCUACGAGCGCCUGGAGAAGGGAUACCGCAUGGACCGCCCCAAGGGGUGCCCGCACCCCGUCUACCAGCUCAUGCGCUCCUGUUGGCAGUGGAAUCCGCUGGACCGGCCUUCGUUUGCCGAGACUCACCGCGCCUUCGACACCAUGUUCCAUGACUCCAGCAUCUCCGACGAGGUGGAGCGAGAGCUGGAGAAGAAGGCCGUGGCGCCAUCUUCGCUCUCAGCCGGCGGCGGUACCGGCGGCACCGGCGGCGUCGUCGUCACGGCGAACGCCGCCGGGGGACCAGCGGCGCCGGGCGCCGGCGUCGGUGUCCGUGCGCCGGAGCUGCCCCCCAAGACCCCCAAGAGCAAGGAGGGGCCCGAAGGGGGGGGGCCCCCCGGCGCGGAGGGGCGAGAGUGGGGGGGGGCGGCAGGCGGUGACGGCGCCGCAACGGCGCCUGGGGGGCAGCAGCAGCAGCAGCACGGCAGCGCAAACACCCUGCCCCGCACGGCACACAGCCACGACUCUGACCCGCAGGCCGAUCUGGACGAGCGCCAGCCGCAGGGCUUCUUCCGUGAGCGCAAGCCGGGCUCCCUCUUCAGCUCGCUCAUGUGGAAGAAGAAGAAGCAGCAGGCGGCGGCGUCUGCGGCGGCGACGGCGACCGCCGCGGCCGCCGCGCCAGCAGCUGCGCCGGCGCCUCCGGCCGUGCCGGCCGCCGGAACUUCGCCGACGACGACGACGUCAGUGGCGGCGGCGGCGUCGGUGACGGCGCCGCUGCCUCCCAAGCGUAGCAGCUCGUUCCGCGAGGCCGAGCCGCGGCGUCGGAGGGUCCCCGACUCUCCGGGCGGCGGCAGCAGCGCCGCCGGUGCAAACGGCGGCGCCCACCACCACCAGCAGCAGCAGCAGCAGCAGCAGGGAGCGACGGCGAACGGGACGGGCGGCGCCGCGGCGCUGGCCAACGGCGGGCUGGCGGCGCUCGCCGGGUUCCUGCGGCGCUCCGACAAGCCGGAACGCGCCGGGGACAAGACGGCUGCCGGCGCCGUCGUCGCCGCCGCCGCCGCCGGCAGCGACGAGGAGGGGGGGGUGACCUCCCAACGCGGCGCCGGCCAGCGGCCCGCCGGCUCGGCGGGGGACGCCCAGCGCAGGGGCGGCGACGGCGCCGGGGCGACGCCCUCCACCUCCGUCUCCGCCGGUGGCGGGAAGCGCUCGGCGCUCCCCCCGUGCCUGCCGACGCGGCGGCGCGGGGACGACUGCGGCGGCGGCGGCACCGUCACCGGCUGCGUCAAUGGCCGGGCCACCCCUCCGCCCAGGGGCUCCGCGGCGGCGCCGGCAGCGAGCGUCGCUCGGACGCUCCGGAGGUCGGCGGGCGCGGGGGACGCGGACGGCCCCGGGGUGGUGACGCCGCGGCCCCGGCAGAGGGUGGCGCAACGUGCCGCCACGCUGGCGUCCAGCGUGCGCGAGCGAGCGGCCGCCGUCAGCAGGGCGUCCGGGAGGACGGCGCCGGCCGGCGCUGCCACGGGAACGCCGCCGCCGGCCGCCGGCACGGAGACCGCCGCUUCUGCCGCCGCCGCCACGACCUCCGCCGCCUCCGCCGCGAGCACCGUCGCCGGUGCCGCCGCCUCCCUGGGCACGAGCUCUCUGAGCCAGCGGCGGGCGGAGCUGGCGAGCCGGCACGGCUCGCCGGGCCCAGCCACUCUGGCGUCGCCGGGCGGCGGGAAGGAGCGGGGGGCCGGCGGGGGCCUCGUCGGCGGCGCCGCGCAACUCCACUCGGCGCGGCUGGGCGCCGCGACGGCGCCGGCCGACGGGCGGCCCUCGGAGAGCGCCGGCGGCGGCAGGGCCAGACCGGCGGCCAACGGGGAUGGCGGCCGCGAGGGGGCGGCCGCCGGCGGUGGCACCGCGCCGCCGCCGAGGGGCGGGGCGAAGGGGACGGCGUCCAACCCCGGGCCGGAGCGCGUCGCCGUCGGCGCCCACCAGCACCGGCAGCACCAGCUGCUGGGCCCCCACGCGUCGGCGCGCUCCUCCCUGCGCAAGACGGCGGGGCCGGCGCGUCCCAGCGGGCAGAGCGUGACGCGCGACACGGUGCUGGAGCGGGCCGAGGCCCUGCGGGUCGCCGUCAACGGCGGCGCCGGCGGCUCCUCCGCCUCCUCCGCCCUCCCUUCGGCGGCGCCGGCAGUGGCGGCGCCGGCGGCCGUCGUGUCCCACGUGGCGGUGCUGGAGGCCGGGCAGCAGCUGCUGGCGUCGUGCCAGGCGUACGUGAGCGCCAUCAAGCAGAUGCGCACCAAAUUCGCUCUGCGCGAGGCCGUGGACAAGCUGGAGCUGGCGCUGCGCGAGCUGCGCGUCUCGCCGGGCUCGGCGUCGGCGCUGGGGCCCGGCGCGGCCGCCAGCGCCGCCGGCGCCCUCCUCGCCAGCGCCGACGACAUCGCGCUCAUCGUGACGAGGUAGCGACGGCGGUGGGAGAGUCAGGAGGAUGACGACGAGGACGACGACGAGGAGGACGAAGAGACUCCGCGUGGCUCCGAGAUGCUGCCGGUUCCGGCACGGCCGACCGCCCCGCCGGGAGAGACUGACCGCGGCGGCGGCGCCGGUCAAACGGCAGAUCGGAGGGGGCCUCGGCACAAGCGGGGGGGGCGAGGGGGGCGGGAGGGGGAUGAUGGACUCCCCCCCUCCCUGACCACCCCCCCCCCGCACCUUCAUCACGAGGACUUGGUAGACACACAGCGGCCUUUAUCAAGCAAGCAAUAGAUGCUAAGGGUUUUGUUAUCGUCGAAGAUGCUGUACGUUUGUUCGUUUUUAGACACGGUGAUGGGGGCCACUCUCACUUUGGGCGGUGAGGGGGGGGGGUUUACACAGUGGGGGGGGGGGGGUCACCUCCCCCCCCCCCGGGGGGGGGAGGGGGUGGGGGUCCUGGUCACGUGGCUCAGCGAGGACAGUCGGUAAGAAGCGGCGAGCGCCGGCCAUCGUGGUACCGGCGACAUCGUUUGCCGCCCCCGUCACCCCCCAUCGCACCCCUCCCCCCGCGACCUCUAACCCCUCCUCCCCAUGCUCCCCUAUCUGUGUCCACCCCCCCCCCUAACUUACCCCUCCCUGCCCCCCCCCCCCCCAGUGUUGCCCACGCUAGCCCAGUGUUCCAGCUGGGCGCCACCAAUGCUCCCGUAUAGCGCACACGCCCUCCGUGUCCCCCCCAUCCCUCACCCACUCACCCGCACUCACCCGCACUCACCCCCACUCACCCCCACUCACCCCCACUCACCCCCACGCGCACUCCUCGGUGCACGCGCGCGCGCGUGCGUGCGUGUGUGUUUGUAUGCCGCCCACGUGGGCAUCUUGCCGGUUUUUAAUACUGUACCACGUGGUUGCUGUACCACCGUGGGCUGCUCUCUCAGA